GAAUCCUUCGCGCCUGCGCAGUACAAUUCCGCGUCUUCGUCCGUGCAAUUUUUCGUUCUCCCACCCUCCCCCUUUCUUCUUGCAAGCCCACUAGGGCCGCGGCGCUGAGUCCCAGUGGAGGAUUUACAAGUGGCUCCGCGACGGGACGGAGAGCGGCUGCGAAGCCACGGAACUGACCAGGGAAGCCUCGGCCCGGCCAUGGGGUCCUGAGGGCCUUUCCCCCUGCCCGUUCCCUUGAGCCCCGGAGGGUCGGGUUCCCUGGCGGAGAAGGGAAGGGGAGCGGCGGCGGCGACAGGACGGCUGGUGUUUGCAGUGCCUCGUGGCGGUUUGAACAACAAAAAAUAAUGAUGAUUGUAGUAACUGGAGCCAUGUCAGUGCCUGAGUCAGAAUCCCCUGUCAGCACCCCUGCCACAGCCCCUAAUUUAUCCAGGAUGCCUGAGGAUGGUAGCCUGACUGCAGUGGAGCAGCCAAUAUUCCUAAUGACAACAGCUGCCCAGGCCAUCUCAGGUUUCUUUGUGUGGACAGCUGUACUGAUCACCUGUCACCAGAUCUACAUGCACCUUCGCUGCUACAGUUGCCCCAAUGAGCAACGCUAUAUUGUCAGGAUCCUUUUCAUUGUUCCCAUUUAUGCUGUUGACUCGUGGCUCAGUCUCCUUUUCUUCACCAAUGACCAGUACUAUGUUUAUUUUGGGACGAUACGGGAUUGUUAUGAAGCUUUUGUCAUCUAUAACUUUCUUAGCCUCUGCUAUGAGUACCUAGGUGGAGAGAGUUCCAUCAUGUCUGAGAUUAGAGGAAAGCCUAUAGAGUCCAGCUGCAUGUAUGGGACUUGUUGCUUAUGGGGAAAGACAUACUCGAUUGGUUUUCUGAGAUUUUGUAAACAGGCCACUCUGCAAUUCUGUGUGGUGAAGCCCCUCAUGGCAAUUAUUACAGUUGUUCUUCAGGCAUUUGGAAAGUACCAGGAUGGAGAUUUUGAUGUCAGAAGUGGAUAUCUCUAUGUGACAAUCAUUUACAAUAUUUCAGUCAGCUUGGCUUUGUAUGCCCUCUUCCUCUUCUAUUUUGCCACCCGUGAACUUCUCAGUCCUUACAGUCCUGUCCUAAAAUUUUUCAUGGUCAAGUCUGUUAUUUUCCUGUCCUUUUGGCAAGGGAUGCUAUUGGCCAUUUUGGAGAAGUGUGGUGCAAUCCCUAAGAUCCGCUCGGCCAAUGUAUCUGUGGGGACCGUAGCGGCUGGCUAUCAGGAUUUCAUCAUCUGCGUGGAGAUGUUCUUUGCAGCUAUUGCUCUGCGGCAUGCAUUCCCUUACAAGGUCUAUGCAGACAAGCACCUAGAUGCUCAAGGACGGUGUGCCCCAAUGAAGAGCAUCUCUAGCAGCCUUAAGGAGACCAUGAACCCCCAUGACAUCGUCCAGGAUGCUAUCCAUAACUUCUCCCCAGCCUACCAGCAAUACACACAGCAGUCCACCCUGGAACAUGGACCACCAUGGCGGAAUGGCAAUCACAUCAUUUCACGUUCUCAUAGCACCUCUGGUGUCCGUGACAAUGAGAAGACCCUGCUUUUGAGCUCGGAUGAUGAGUUUUAAGGUGUUGGUGGAACAUGCCAUAGUCUGGAACUUUCCUUUAUUUAUUGAACCAGAAAACAGAUUAUAUUCCUUUUUUACAUGGUGCUCAAGUCAGGAUUGGGCACCUUCUGAUGCCAAUUGUAAGCAAGGACCAUUAUGGCUAAUGCGGGUGGUAUAGACUUUCUUUUCUAAAAGCUUAACUAGUGCACAUUCACUUAAUAAAGAAAAAAUAAAAAAACACUAAAUUGUAGACUAGAACAGAGGUGUAAGAUCAGUAAAAUGCAUUAUGUUUGAAUAGUUUUUAUGUUAUUUGUAAGGCAAAGGGUUGGCAAUACUACAAAAAUCAGACAAAUGAUUCCCAAGAAAUGAGGCUGUAUCUUUAUUAAAUUGCUAAAUUAUUUGAAAUGAAACUAGCAGAUAAUUUGCUUUCUGCACUCUAUUAUGAAAAGGUAACUCCACCCUCACAAUUCUGAUUAUUUGAGGAUAGACUUUCAUCCUUAGCUAUUGCCCUGUUAAUUUGUUCUGUUAAGUUUUUCAUUGUGGCCAGGAUUUAUUUUAAUUAAUAUUCCAAAUUAUGAUACGCAGUUAGUCUUUGCAGAAGAUCCAAAGGGGGGAAGACAAGAUUGAAACAAUCCAUAGAUCUUUUUCCCUAUGCAGAAGUGAAAUAUAACAUUUGUGGGUAUUUUUGGUUGCCCAGUAUUUCAAAGGAAUCUGCAAGGUAUUUUCUGCAAAACAAGAUUUCUCCCAUCUGUAUAGAAAGACAUCUCUGUAAGAACCCAGUGAUCCAGAAUUUCAGGGAAAGCUGCCCAAGAUACAAAUCUGGAUGCAUAUUCCCAGGAAAGUUGCUUAAUAGAUAGAAGCACGCAUCCUAUAUAUACAUAUAUAUUGGAUGCGGGUCAUGUUGAAUUAUUUUUCUUUGGACCUCAUCUGAUCUACCUAGAUACCAAAUCCAAAUGUGCAAGACUGCUUCCCUCCAUUGAUUUAAUUUGUGAUUGUAUGCACUGUUAGAAUCUUGUUGCCUUUUGUCAUUCGUGUUUUCUUCUGGAGGGGCAAUUGUACAAGCAGUGAUACAGAAAUCUCUUUUGCCUUGUCUGUUUUUGAGCCAUGCAUCUCCUGAACUUUAAAUUCUAUAACAUUUAUGGCAAGUUACCAUUUGUCCCUUCUGCUGUAAAUAUUUUACCUAUGUUAAUAGUUAAUUUUAAGUGCAGUGGGAUGGAAUUCACCUAAGAUGGAGAACAUUCCAUUUUCCCUUCCCUUCCUCUUGUUCUGUUCCAGUCUGGCCAAGAGAUCUAAACAUAUCUGUGUGGUGUGUGGGUAUUACCUUUGCCAUUAUUUUCUACAACCCAUGAGAUUAAAACAUGCUGAUCUCAUUUAGGCAUGAUGUAUCUUUUGUCUAAGAAUCACAGGCUCCCUUUGCAAGCAGUAAAAUCUGCUGUCACUGGUUUUGCCAGACACAUUAUAGAGCUGAAAAGGGCAAUCAGAUUAAUUGCAAUAUAUUGCACGUCUUUGUUGCUGUUGUGGUUGUGGUAACUGUGCCUGUUUAACACAUUGCUGCAUAAAAGGGGGGUAACAUUAGGCCCCUCCUGAGUCUCCUGCAUAGAUGAUGAAAUCAGUAAUGCUGGCUCUGUUCUAAGUUGCUGGGUCUCCCACGGCAUGUUGUGGUUAUUUGGCACUUUUUCAUAUGGUGCUUUUUAACCCUGUCACUGAAGAGUGUAAAUAUGAGGAUCUCAGGGGGGUUGACUCUAUUGCUCCUUUUCUCUGUGCCUUAAUAUUCUCACCUGAGACCUCCACACAUGCCAUAUUAGAGCAAAGACAGAUUUCUACAGCAAUUAUUAGCAUCCUUUGUCCAAAUUGUACUUGUUUGGGCAAAAUGUGUUUGUGUGGACUUGGGAGCUUCGCUGAAGUUUGUUUAUUUUUUUCCUGGACAGAUAGUGAGCUUGUGGCUGCUGUCAUUAUGGUUUGCACUUCUCUUUUUCCAGAAGAUAUUGGAGAGAAUUUGGAUAAUGGAGGACAAAAGCUCCAUUCAAAUUUUCUGCCUGAAAUAGAGAACUUGAGAUAUGAAGAAAGGAAGACAGAACAGGAACAUGUUUCUGUAAACACACAAUCAUCUGCCUUGCUUCAAUUUGACUUGUACAAUGUACUCAGAUGAGCUAACUUUUAAAAUCCUGUCAUUGGUUCCGGGCACCCAGAAUUCCACAAACUGUCAGUAGAUAAUUGAUAUCCAAUUAAAAUAACAGACCAGUGGCAGCAGAACUAUGAUGCAAAGUUCCUCUGCCAGGAAAUCCUGGAUGGAUAUAUAUAUAUAUGAUAUAACUUUGGCCAAAGUAACAUGAGUAUGUUUGUAACUCUUAGUAAAGGAAAGUUGAACACUGUUCUUGCAUAAAUUAUGGAGUUCAGCUCCCUGCAAUUGGGGAGUAAGGUCCGUUCAAUUAUCCUUCAGUGCCAGCAGUAGGGAAUUUUUAUUGAAUAGGAUGACAUACGACCUCAAUAUUUCAAAGAGAUGUUGAAAUUAGCAUUUUUCUGCCGUUUAUGAAAGAAGCUGGACCUUUUCCCAGCUUUGAUCUUGUGUAAAAGCCAGGAAAAGUGUUGCUGCUGCUUUAAGGAAUGACAUUCACGGAAGUUAAGGUGACUCUUACAAAGCAACCACAUUUUUUUCAGCCAUCUGAAGAAACCUGAACAAGGUCAGGCUCCUUUACUGAAUUGCAGAACCUCUCAUGCACUUCCAAAUCAUGUUUGAAGAAGCAUGCACAGUCUUUCUACCGGUAUUUAUUUCAGCACUACUUUGCUUCCAAAUAAUUUUCCUAAUUAUCUCGCUCUCAGUAUACCUUGCUAAUACUUGCACGUGUGAAAAGUUUUCAUCAUUAGCCUCCUUUUUAAAUAGAAUGGGUGAAUAAUGUGACUGACCUGCAGAUAUUUCAGUGUUGGGGAGAGCUCUAUUUUUUAUUUGUAUUAAUGUAGACCACAUAUAUGUAUACUAUAUGUACAAGCUGAUUACGUUGAAGCAACCUAUAAGCAGUUUUAAGUGGUUUGACAUCCACAAAGCAAAUACCCUGGGUCCAAUAAAAAAUUAGAGCCAUAUGAAAGCACCAGUGCUGUGUGUUGGGAAGAGUUUAUUGUAUAUCCUUUCAGGAAAGAGAUGAUUGGUCAAUGUUUGCCCAUCUCUGUUAGGGUUCCUGGGAGACCAACCAUUUAAAACAUGUGCUUAUACAUGAGUCCCAUCAAAAUAAUAUUGGCACUGCCUGCUUCUUGAUCAGCUCCUUUCCUCUCUCUCUCCUUGGGUGUUUUUUUUUUUUUUUUGCCAUGCAGCAUACUGCGAGUUUUGUUUUUACUAUUUUUCCAUAUAGUUUAGAUAUUUGUAUAUAAAUGGGGGAAAAAAACUGUAUAAUAAGACAGAGUUACUUAGUUUUGUACCUACCAUGUAAUAACUGAUGUGAGCUCAGAGACAAGCUGUUGUCUCUGUUUUGUUAUUUGUGAUGUUAUACUGCUUUGCGGAAACAAGCAAAUAUGACAAAUAAAGAUAUAGAGAUAAUAUAGAUUGUA